AAUUACGGAACGCAGCAUAAAAUUUUCACGUGUUAUGCCUUUGCGUACUGCCCAAAAUUAUGUAGUACAAUAAAAUUACAUAUUAAUUUGAUGUACGCGUCGAUUUUCGUAACAGAUUCUUUAUUGUGUAAAUAGGAUUAUCAAUAGUUUAGAUAAUUAGAUAAAUUAUUUUCACAAUCAAAAUAAUUUAAAUUCAUUCAGAAUUUACAAUCUCUUAACCUGAAAAUCAAUUCUAAUAUAGAUUGUUAAUUAUAACUGAACAGUGGAGAAAUUAAAGGACUUAACAAGAAAUUUAAUAUUUUAAUAAAAAACGUUAAAGACAUUGAGGAUCUGCUUGAUUAAAUUGAGAGAUUGUUUUUGUAUAAAGAUGCCAACUAUUGGAAUAAAACGUGAUUUAUUAUUUCAAGCAUUGGGCAAAACAUAUUCGGAUGAUGAGUUUCAAGAUUUAUGUUUCAAAUUUGGUUUAGAACUAGAUGAGGUGACAACAGAAAAGCAAAUGAUAGCAAAGGAACAAGGUUUUAACCAAGAUACAAAUGCAUCUGAAGAUAUCAUCUAUAAAAUUGAUAUUCCAGCUAACCGAUAUGAUCUUUUGUGCUUGGAAAGUUUAAGUGUUGGACUGCUCAUCUUUUUGAACAAGAUGCCCAUUCCACAUUAUAAAACAAUAAAACCAAAGACAGGAAUGGAAAAAAUAGUGAUGAAUCCAGAAUGCUUAAAAAUAAGAGGCCACAUAGUUGCAGCAAUUUUGCGCGAUGUUACUUUGACACAAGAUUCUUACAAUAGCUUUAUUGAUCUUCAAGAUAAAUUGCACCAAAAUAUAGGAAGAAAGCGUAGUUUAGUUUCUAUUGGUACUCAUGAUUUAGAUACAAUUAAAGGCCCAUUUUUAUAUGAUGCCAGACCACCAUCAGAGAUAUGUUUUAAGCCACUUAAUCAGAACAAAGAAUAUACAGGUGAAGGCAUUAUGCAAUUGUAUGCAACACAUGCACAACUCAAACAAUAUUUGCCCAUCAUAAAAGACAGUCCUGUUUAUCCAGUGAUUUACGAUAGUAAUGGAAUUGUCUUGUCUCUUCCUCCUAUCAUUAAUGGAGAUCACUCAAAGAUAACUCUUAAUACGAAAAAUAUUUUUAUUGAAUGCACUGCAAUAGAUCUCACAAAAGCGAAAAUCGUGGUGGACACUAUAGUCUGUGCUUUCAGUCAGUAUUGUAGCAAAAAGUACACAGCUGAAACUGUAGAAGUGGUAUACCCUGAUAAUCAAACUUUUUGUUAUCCAAGUUUAAAGUAUCGAACCGAAGAAAUUGACUGUAAUAAAGCGAUAAAUUAUAUCGGUAUUAAACAAACACCAGAACAGAUUGCACAAUUAUUAUCAAAAAUGUCACUAAAAUCUAAGGUGAAGAAUAAUGAUAAAUUAGUGGUAGAAAUACCACCAACAAGACACGAUGUGAUACAUUCUUGUGACAUUUAUGAAGAUAUUGCUAUUGCCUAUGGAUAUAACGAAAUAGAAAAAACUAUACCACAUAUGUCGACAAUUGCAGCAGAAUUUCCACUCAAUAAACUCACCGACCAAAUACGAAUAGAACUAGCAGAGGCAGGAUUCACUGAGGCGUUAACUUUUUCUCUGUGUUCUCGCGAAGAUGUAGCUGAUAAAUUGGGUUAUAAAAUAGAAGAUGUACCAGCAAUUCAUAUAUCUAAUCCAAAAACUUUGGAAUUCCAGGUUGCACGUACUUCACUUUUACCAGGAUUACUUAAAACGAUAUCUGCGAAUAGGAAAAUGCCAUUGCCUCAUAAAUUGUUUGAAGUUUCUGAUGUUAUAUUAAGAGAUGAUAAGACAGAAGUUGGUGCGCGCAAUAAUCGUCGUUUAUGUGCAGUGUAUGCUAAUAAAUCAGCUGGUUUUGAGAUCAUUCAUGGCCUAGUGGAUAGAAUAUUAUUAUUAUUAGAAGUACCUUGGAGUCCUAACAGAGACAAAAGCCAAUAUUAUUUGCGUACAGCUGAGGAUCCAACAUUCUUCCCUCAACGAUGUGCCGAAAUUGUUUGCUAUGGUGAAGUAAUAGGAAAAAUGGGAGUUUUACAUCCCGAUGUGCUUUCAAAGUUUGAAUUAAAUAUUCCAUGUUCCGCGAUGGAAAUAAACAUUGAACCAUUUUUAUAAUGAAAAUGAAUAUUCAAAAAUGAUGAAUUUAUAAUGAUAUAUUUAUUUAAAUAAAAAUUUAUUAUGUCAUAAAAUGUAUUUAAAUGAAAUUUGUGAUAAAAAUAUAUCUAUAUAUAUGAU